AUGAUGGCACGGACCAUCCGCGAGAUGAUGGCCGUCUUUUCAGCAGCGUUGCUGAUGGUCGAAGGAACGACAGAAAACGCCACUGACGACGGUGUGAAUUCGGCGGCGGAAGGAAACCUGUACAGAGAUGCCAGACAAGCGGAACAACGCGAUCAAAGGUGCGCUCUACCGUCGUUCAUCGGUGGUGGUAUGAGCAGCGGUGAAGCAGAUACGGUGCUGGAGUCGACCCGGACCGUGGAUCGGUACUUGGUGAAACCCGCGGCGUACUACGAAAACCGCGUGACAUACCGAGAGAAACCGGUGGCGGCCAACGUCCUACGCCGGCGGAGGCCCGUCCCGGUGCAGAGGGUCGGCCUGCUGCCGUACUACGUUCGACGCGUGGACUUUGCAGACGGUGGACGUCGGCCGCCCGACGAUGGCACCGCGGUGUCAAUGACGGCCGACGACGUCCGCCGAGUGCUCCAACGAGUGUAUUCCGAAGGUAUGAUUGCGGGCGGCGAGGCUGCCACAACGGGAACGAACUUUAAUUCGAAGGUUUUGCCACUUAAAGGGUGAAAAAAGAAUAAGCAAUAUUAACACAGUAUCCUGGAAGUCAAAUAUUCUAGUUACUUUUUGUAGAAGAACCUAUAUAUAAUAGUAUAGAUAUAUUAUACUAAUAUUACUAAAUCUACAAGAAUUAUUUAAUGUUUUCAUAUUUAUUAUUCAUAUAUUUAUAAUUUUUUUUUUUUUUUUUUAUUAGUGCUUACCUAUAAUAUUGCAAUUUAAAAAAGAUUAUAUCAAAUAU